AUGGGCUCAACUGAGGAUAUACCUGCUGGGCAGAAACUCAAACGGGAUAUGAAGGGACGUCAUAUAAAUAUGAUAGCGAUUGCUGGUAUGAUUUACACAACCGGCGAGAUCACUGCAUUCAUGCCAGUCACUGGUGGAUUCGUGCGUCAUGCUACGGCUUUUGUGGAGCCUGCUCUAGGAGCAGCAACGGGGUGGAACUUCUUAUGCCUCAAUUUUUGCGGUGUUCGAAUGUAUGGUGAAUCCGAGGUAAUUUUUGCUUCCAUGAAGAUUGCUCUCAUCAUCGGUCUCAUUGUUGCAGGACUGGUUGUGGAUCUUGGCGGUGGACCACAAGGAGAACGACUUGGGUUCACUUAUUGGAAAUCUCCAGGUGCUUUCAACGAAUAUCUAGUUAGUGGUAAUACUGGAAGGUUCCUCGCUUUCUGGUCCUCUCUGAUCAGUGCCGCCUUCAGUUAUGGUAAUGUUCAAGUGGUAGCACUUUCAGGUACAGAAACUGCGAAUCCCCGAAAGAUAAUUCCAGAUGCCACAAAGAAGACAUUUUUCCGUGUCUUUUUCUUCUAUGUAUUGAGUAUCUUGAUAGUGGGAAUGAUAGUUCCGUAUGACAGUGAAGCUCUGUCUGUUUCCACCGGAACAGCUGCCUCGUCUCCUUUUGUUAUCGCUUUCAAAGCGGCUGGAAUUAAGGUCCUUCCUUCCCUCAUCAACGCUGUUGUCUGCACAUCUGCUAUCAGUAGUGGAUCCGCUUGUAUAUUUCUUGCAUCUCGCACACUUUAUGGUUUAAGUGCCGAUGGCCAUGCUCCAAAGAUUUUCAUGAAGUGUAAUCGAUUUGGAACCCCGUGGUAUGCUGUAGGUUUGAGUGUUCUCCCAUCACCUCUUGUGUACAUGGUUGUUAGUAACCAAGCAUCGGUUGUCUUUGGGUGGUUUGUAAACAUUACCACAGUAGCUGGGUUAAUUGGAUGGGCUGUCAUCGAAGUUACCUAUCUCAGAUUCUUCUAUGCUCUGAAGAAACGGGGUAUCUCUCGUGAUGGUAUGAGAAUUUUCGGCGGUCCUAAUUCUCCAAUCACUAACGAUAUCGUAGAAUUACCCUACAAAAGUCCAUUCCAGCCUUACGUAGCAUGGAUCACAGGAUUCAUGGUAUUUCUAAUCGUCUUCUUCUCCGGAUUUGCUGUGUUCUUUCCUGGAAACUUCACAGCUUCUGAAUUCUUAACAUAUUAUAUCAACGUUGCAAUUUUCAUUGGUAAGCUUGAUCCAGAUCUUGCAAAGAAAAGCAUAAUAACCAAUUGGCUCCCAGGACUAUACGCCUUCUUCAAGUUAGUCCUUAAAUCUAAAGUCAUUCCAUUGGAGAGCAUAGACUUCGAUUUUGAGCUAGACUCCAUAUAUCGAUGGAAAGAGACAUCGGAUCUCAUGAAAGAAGAGAAGAAUCUUGUAAAAUUGGUGUGGGAUAAGAUCUUCUGA